AUGGAAAAUGCUCUCGACCCCGAGAUCCAGGAGAAUCUACUACGUGCACUGCGGCAACAACAGCAGGCACAGGGCGAUCACCAGGAGGUACCUCCACAGCAGCAAGUGCCUCGACAGCACGAGCAGCAGCAAGUGCCUCUACAGCAGCAGGCACCACCUCAACAACCAGCACCUCCUCAACAGCCAGCACUUCCUCAGCCGCUGCAGCCAUUAUCGCUGCAAUUUCAAGGCUCGCAUCAGCAGCUGCAGCAAUUGCCGCCGCAAUUUCAAGGCCAGCAACAGCAGCCUGAAGCCAUUCAAUAUUAUGAUAAUAAGCGGCUUCAGCAUGUCAGGAAUGUGCAGCUGCAGUUGCAUCAAAUGCAGCAACAAAUCAUGCUGCCACCAACCCAACAGCAGCCUCAACAGUAA